GCUCCCUCCGGCACGCCGUCCAUUCUCUCUCCUCGCCGAGUUGAAGGUGACAGUCGGUCUGUGUCCAGCUCAGAACUCUGACUUCUGCAUCUGUUUCCCGGGAAUUCUCACCGCUAACGAGCAUUCACUAGUAUGUCGCUGUUUACCGAGGUGCCGCAAGCCGCUCCGGUGGCAGUCUUUAAACUGACAGCCGAUUUCAGAGAGGAUAAGCACCCGAGCAAGGUGAAUUUAGGAGUGGGAGCGUACCGCACAGAUGAAUGCCAGCCAUGGGUCCUGCCGGUGGUGCGGAAGGUGGAGCAGCUGAUCGCUAACGACCACAGCCUGAACCACGAGUACCUGCCCAUCCUGGGACUGCCCGAGUUCAGAGCCAGCGCUUCCAAAAUCGCCCUGGGGGAGGACAGCCCCGCCAUCAAGGAGAACAGGGUGGGUGGAGUGCAGUCUCUGGGCGGUACAGGAGCUCUGAGGAUCGGGGCUGAGUUUCUACGCCGCUGGUACAAUGGGAAAAACAACACGGCCACUCCCAUCUACGUUUCUGCACCAACCUGGGAAAACCACAAUGCUGUGUUCGGUGAUGCAGGGUUCACGGAUGUCCGUCCCUAUCGGUACUGGGAUGCAGAGAACCGUGGGCUGGCAUUGGCAGGAUUCCUGGAGGACCUGGAGAAUGCCCCAGAGUACUCGGUGUUCUUGCUACAUGCCUGCGCCCACAACCCAACUGGAACAGACCCAACCCCAGAUGAGUGGAAACAGAUCGCAGAGAUCAUGGAGAGGAAGAAGCUGUUUGCUUUUUUCGACUCUGCCUACCAAGGCUUUGCAUCAGGGGACCUGCAGAAAGAUGCCUGGGCUGUGCGUUACUUUGUGUCCAAGGGCUUUGAACUGUUCUGUGCGCAGUCCUUCUCAAAGAACUUCGGCCUGUACAAUGAGAGAGUCGGAAACCUCACUAUCGUGGCCAAGGACUCGGACAACGCGAGUCGGAUCCUUUCCCAGAUGGAGAAGAUCGUCCGGACCAUCUGGUCUAACCCCCCGUCACAGGGUGCCCGGAUAGUAGCCACCACAUUGACCACCCCAGAGUUGUUUGCUGAAUGGAAGGACAAUGUGAAGACCAUGGCAGACCGUGUUCUGUUGAUGAGGUCACAGCUGAAGGCAAAGCUGCAGGCUCUGGGAACGCCUGGGACCUGGGAGCACAUCACCCAGCAGAUCGGCAUGUUCAGCUUCACUGGACUCAACCCCAAUCAAGUGGGGUACCUGAUCAAGGAGAAGCAUGUCUACUUGAUGGCCAGUGGCCGCAUCAAUAUGUGUGGCCUGACCACCAAAAACCUGGAUUAUGUGGCAGAGUCUAUCCAUGAGACUGUCACCAAGAUCCAAUAGAACAACUACUUGUCUUCAGCAACUCCCUAGCACUUGCUGAUGCCACAGAAGUGACCAUCCACUUCAAUCAUGUCUAAUCGCUCACCAUCAGUCAGACAACUGAUCAGACAGCUUUCAAUGUAUGCCUACAAGAAAGAAAAUUAAUAUGUAACUUAACUCUUGAUGUUCUGAUGUAACAAUGAGCUGUGUAUAUUUCAAGGCAGCCUCUGUCUAGGCUUUUUUGGGCCAUGUAUGUGUGUUGCCUGGUUCUAGGAUAUUGAAAUUAGUUUCUCAGUAAUAUUGAAGUUGGGUGUAAUACUACUGUGUCUGUACCCACAGCCUGGGUUCCAACACAUUUUAGUAUUGCGUUUUCCAUUUUCAGAAAUGUGUACACUUUAAUACAGUAGAAAACGUGCUGUCUCCUGCUCCCCUGAAAUGAUUUUAAUGAUAUUUUAUUAAACCAGUAGCCCUGAUUUUCCAAAACCUUUUCUUUAAACAGCAUUAUCACAAGUCAAUGGAAUAAGGGACUUGUGAGAAUGCUGUGACAGGAAGUAAGGCGAUGUUUGGAAAGUCUUGGUUUUUAAAUCCUUUUAACCAGCAGUGUGUGUUGCAUAACAAUUAAAAAAAACACAGCCUGAAAAACACGGUUAAUGAUGAGGAUGUAGUGUGUGAUUAAAAGAAACUGCUACGUCCCAGAUGGUUAGAGAGAGCUAUCUCUCGUUACCCAACGGUUAAUGUUUAAAUGGACCUUGCUGCUAGAUAGUCACUUUAUAUUGCAUUCAUAGUGCUGUGUGAGCGCCCUCUUAAUCAGACUGAUUUAUGCUUUAAAACCAUGAAACAUCAGGCAGUGUUUUCUGCCAACUACAGUACUGAAGCUGCCAGUUCAAUGUUAAGCUCCAGGCAAUGUUCCCUUGAACUAUUUCCUUGAAAGGCCUUUUUUUUUUUUUUAUCAUUUUGUCUAUGAAUUGCACAACAAAUUAGGCAAAGUAAUUGACCUUUCCUGGUCUCCUGUAAUCCUAUUUAAUUAUGUGAUCUAUAGAUUUAAGAUGUUCUAUACCUGUCGGUCGAAAUCUGGAUGUGUGCUUUGUGUUUUUCUGUGUUCUUGCUUGAGAAUGUGUGACUGUCUGUGCACCUCGACUCGCACCUUGAAGCUGAGAGAACAAGGAGAAAUCUUAAUUUGAAAAAUAAAUGUAAAAUGUGUAA